AUGCAUAUACUUAAACACACUGGUAAUGCUGGAAUCAGUGAUCAGAUGACACUAAUGAAAAGAUCAAUGGCUAGCGACUUGGACCCGUUGGCUGUUUUACUUGUAACCUCAGGCACCAGAGGCAACAGACUUCUGUUUAGAUACCCAUAUUCAGAAGAACCAACCACAAAACAGAAAACCAAAAAGAUAAUUGGUAAAAACCCAUAUACCAUUAAAAUUGCUGAAAACCUGCUGGAUGUUAAAAAGGAGAAGCCAUAUUCCAUUUUCAUGAAAGAUAGCGUUCUUGCUGGAAUCUCUAAUCAAACUCUAGCAAAUUUUCUGAUCGUCAAAUCUGAGUUGUGUGGGGAAAAGUUCAGUGUGCAAAUUGACGACGUCAGAUUUGUCGGGUUUCCAACAUCUUUGCUACACUUGAAGCGGGACUCCAGCCAACAGAACUGUCAGAACGUGUCCUCCCGACAGCACAACAUUCUGACGGUCAAUGUGGUGUUUGUGCUACGGGCUCAAGUGGUGGAGUCUGUGGUCAACUGCUACCAGGAGCUGGCCCAGCAGCUGACCGUGGCCAUUGCACAGGAGGAGAAGAGGUGUCAGUAUUUAACCAGGGAGGCAAAGAUUAUAAUGACAGCAUUUGAGGAAACUUCUGUGAAUAGUGAUGAUGAUGUGGUGGCCCCCUUGAGACAGAUCAUUCUCCUGAGCAACCUGGCCAGAGAACUGAAGUCUGCCUUUGACAGCCUCCAAAGCUCUGGACAGGUGCUGUUCUACAUGAACCAGUGGGUGGAGAUCAACUUCUGCCUGCCCCACAAAAUCCAUGCCAUGCAUAAUCCUGGUCGAACAAUUCAGCUGGAGUCUAUUUAUAGGUGUUUGUCCUAUGUGAGGCCAUAUCAUGGCAUUCUGCUGACCAAAUCUGAGAAAGAACUGCUGAACUUCCUUCCCCUGGACAGUUCCCCGUCCCUCAUCAGACUGAUCAGGUUGACGACUCCGUUGAAGAACCUGAAGAUUCUGGCUCUAGAGACAGACCUGAGUCUCACACAGAUUUAUCAGCUGGUGUGCCACAUGAUCUACUGGGGAUUUGCCAUGUUGAUCUACCCACUGUGCCAGUCGAACAUCUAUGUACUGUCACCUUCUGCAAACACAGCAGUAGACUCAGAACUCAGUAAAGAGUUUGCAGUCUGUUUCCCAGGACUGCACCUUGUUCAAGAGAUGUCCCGUUUCUCCUUCCCAUCGCACAUGUAUGACAGCAGCCUGAUCAUCAGCUACCCAAACACUCACCUUCUGGACAGGCAUUACCAGGCUGUAUUGUGGAUGCUGCAGCACCGGCUCUUAAACCAACUACAUACGUACGUCAACUUGGUGCCACCAAAGAAGAAAGAUCUCUCAGGGUAUCAGAAUCAGACAGCGCUGUCUUCCACUCACUGCUCAAACUCAAACAGCCAG